AUGCCUGUUACCUCUUUCACCUUUUCAGAGCUCCUCCGGACCCUUCAAGACAUCGAGGAUGGCCUCCUUAGAAGCGCUGGAGGUUUUGGCGUGGAAGCGAUUUCCGAGCUGUCUCAAUUUACACCAAGCACCCUGCAAAGCCUAGUCAAUGGCUGCAAAGAUCUCGAUCAGGUUGGAAAGAUCAACCAGGCUGCCAGAAGGAUCCAGCUGGUAGCAGAAGCAAGAUUAUGCUUGGAAGAAUCAAGUGCGUCGCUCUGCGCAGAACUGAGCAGAGAAGCAAAUACCCUCCUCAGCAUCCAAAUCUCUAGUCGCUCGGUGAAGCAUUCGGUUGACCUGUCCGAAAUGUUGCCGUCAUAUCACAUGCGAAAGCACUUCCUCGCGACCCUACACGACCCUUAUCCAACUGCAGAAGACAAAGAAGCCCUCGUCCGGGUAACCAACGAGUCCGUCCUCCAGCCCGGUUCCCCUCUCAAGAAGCGCACCUUGCUCAGCGUGGAGCAACUCACACUAUGGUUCAUCAACGCGCGCCGACGAUCUGGCUGGUCCCAGAUCGUUCGCAAGUUUGCCCGCAACGAUCGCAACAGAAUGAAGCUUCUCGUCCAAGCCAAGAUGCUUACCUCUAACCCCUCAGCACGCUCCAUAGCAACACAAUCUUCUCUCGUGCGCAAUCUCGAUGACCUUCUUCGCGAAAACCUCGGCCACCUCACACCAGCAGACAAGGAAGAGUUUGAAGACGAUUGGAAUAGUAUGAUCAGUUGGAUCAAGUACGGUGUCAAAGAGAAGGUUGGUGAUUGGGUAUACGAUCUCGUCGCCGCGAACAAGAAGUCUCCUCCCAGGACGGGUCAAGCACGAGCAGUCACUACCGCAGCAAACAGAUCUCCAGCACGCAAGACAGCAACCAAGACACAGACGAAGACAGCAACCAAGACACAGACGAAGCCGAGGAAAGCAAAACAGCGGGCUAGCAAGGCACCUUCGAUGGACAGCACUUCCGUCUUGGAGUCAACUCCGGAGCUGAGCAUGUGUUCUACGGCGGAUAACAGCUUCAGUUCCUUCGGUAGCAAUGGUUCGCUGGUGCAGCACGAUCCUUUCCAGCAGUACCAGUUGCAACAAAGCCCUUCCCUCAACACGAGAGGCGGGCGAAAAGUCAAAGCGUUGCCCAAACGCGCUGCUCAGAAAUUGCCCGCUGAGGCGCUUUACAUUAGUAAGUCUUCUCUCUGGUGCCCGCAUAAAGCCCUUGACACAAACACUGAACAAGCCCUUUGUUCUGCUUUGCCACUCAAAGACAACAACGAGAGCGGAUCAAUCGACACGUGCUAUCCGGUGCCUGAAGAGCGCAAAACUGCCCUUUCUCUCGCGUCCGAGGCUCUGGCACAGGCCAGCGGUCAGACCAACUCUUAUCUUCCCGCUUCGAAACAGCAGAUGUUCCCGCCUUACGAUGCGAUGGGACAGAUUCCUUUCGUGCCUAGAAGGGAGAAUCUCAGCUCCAACAGCCUUUCUGCCGCUUUCGGUUGA